UGUUGUUGUUGUUUGAGCGUGAAGUGUGCAAUUGAGCAAAAAAAAAAACAAAAAUUUGUUUAAAUGUGACAACAAAAUAGCAAUAUACGAACCAAAAACCAAAACACACACAUUAAGAGAAGAAAAGUAACAACAACAACAACAGCAACUACGAAAAAGACAGCGGAAUCGAUUCCAUCAAACAAAAUUCAUAGUUUACUACACGGAACAGCGCGCACAACAACAACAACAACAACAAAAAUAAAGAAAAAUAUAUAUACAUACAUGUACGAAAGCAUCAUCAGAUUUCUAGGAUUUUGGAGUGGUGUAUGUGUGUGUUCUUAAGCGGAGUCUUCCCGAGGUUGGGGUGAAGCCACCAAAAAGAAAAAACAAAACACAAGAGGAUAAACGUUUAUUAAAUUUGGACUCCAGUCCACUGGAAGCAGGAGCAGCAUCGACCUUUAAAAGAGAUCCUGCUGACAGGAAACCUUGAAACACACACAUACAUACAUACAUACACAGACAGCGUCAUAAAAACACCCACGCUCACGCACACAAGCCACAACGCACUUGCAGGCACACAAACACACACACAUAUAUAUAUAUAUACUCAUAGACGCGCGUCUAAAAGGAAACAGCAGCAGCAGCAGCAGCAGCAUCCACCAUGAGUUCGCAGUAUUCCAAUGUGGAGAAUCUUUCGCCUCAGACCAUUAGGCAGGUGAUGAGGGAGCUACAGGAAAUGGAGAAUACACCACCGGAGGGCAUUAAAGUUCUAAUCAAUGAGAGCGAUGUCACCGAUAUACAAGCCCUUAUCGAUGGACCAGCCGGUACACCAUAUGCCAUUGGAGUAUUUCGUGUCAAAUUGACAUUAAGCAAAGAUUUUCCACAAACGCCGCCAAAGGCAUAUUUCCUAACAAAAAUAUUCCAUCCAAAUGUCGCGGCAAAUGGUGAAAUUUGUGUAAACACAUUGAAAAAGGAUUGGAAACCAGAUUUGGGCAUUAAACAUAUAUUGCUUACCAUCAAAUGCCUGUUAAUUGUUCCAAAUCCCGAAUCUGCUCUCAAUGAAGAAGCUGGCAAAAUGUUACUCGAACGCUAUGAUGAUUACUCCCAGAGAGCGCGCAUGAUGACGGAAAUACAUGCCCAGCCGGCCAAAUGUGCCAGCACCACCAGCGAUGCCAAAGAUGAUGAUGGACCCUCAACAAAGAAGCAUGCGGGAUUAGAUAAGAAGCUGCAAGACAAGAAAAAAGAGAAAUUGCUCAAAGAGAAGAAACGUAUGCUAAAGAGAUUAUGAGAGGCAUAAGCAGCAGUAUCAGCAGGAGAAGCACCACCAGGGCGGAAGUACCAGAGUACCAAUACCAGCAGUCAGCAGACGGGACAGAUGGACAAAGAUAUGAUAUGAAGCGAGUUGUAAGUUAGAGGUCGGAGACUUAAGGAUAUAGAGGAUUACAUAUUUAGCAGAAGAACAGCGGAGCAAGGAGCGAGCGCGCUAUGAAAAUUUACACUGAUCUGAUAAUAAAUAAAAAACUACAAAAAAAAAAAUAAAAAUCGAAAAAAAGAAAGAAAUACAAAAAGCAAAACCCAAGAUGAAAAGUUGUAGACGAUGAACCACUCCAAAGAAAUGUGCAUCCAGUUAUCAAUAAAAAAAAAAAAAAACGAAGAAUUUAACAUCAAUAAUAACAACAACAACCACAUAACAAAUGCAACACAUCGGUUAACCAGAGUCCAGAGUCUGUGAGCCGAGUAUUAGUAUAAAAAUAACGAAAAAAAAGGAAACAAAAUACUGGAUAAAUUGAGGAAAAAAGAGGAAACAUUGAGAAAUCAUCUCCUAAUUAAUUUAUGUAGUUUUCCCCUUUUUUUUAAUUGUAACACUUAUGAGCUAUCUUAGCAUAAUUUAUGUAAUAAGUUAAAAACAAAGAAAAAAAAGAAAACAAAAUCCCCCUGUUCUCUCUACAGAACCAGAUUAUCGUAUCCUGACUAUUGUUUUCUUUACACUCCUCUCUACAUUUUAUCACAUUUGUU